AUACGCAUCGUUGCGUCAUAUCUUAUAUUCUAAACUCAUGAUCGUUGUUGAUCGUGCUAUUUCGUCAGACGUUGCUCCGGAUCUCGUUGAAUCGCGAGUAAAUCCAAGUAAAUUAUGGCAUCGAUUGUUAUACCGACAGCUUUGCGAUUUAGUCGUAUGACGAUUGAUAGUUUAUAUCAAAUAAAUAAAUGUGGCCUAAACAAAUCGCCACGAGUAUCCUCUGUUUUUCCUUGGAGAAGACAACAUUAUAGUACAAUAACAGAAGAGAAAAAGCCAGAUGCCGGAGAAUCUCCAGUGCAAGAAUCUAUAGAAAUUGAAAAGAAGCUGAAAACAGAAAUAGAAUUUAUCAACAAGGAACUUACUGAACUUAAAGAAUUUAAAGAUACACUGGAGGAUAAGUAUAAGAGAGCAUUGGCUGAAGGAGAAAACAUCAGAGUUAGACUUACUAAACAGAUCAACGAUGCCAAACUAUUUGGAAUCCAAGGUUUCUGUAAAGAUCUUUUAGAUGUAGCUGAUGUACUAGGAAAAGCUACCGAAAGUGUACCAAAGGAUGAAAUAACAGAGAAGAAUCCACAUUUGAAAAGUUUAUAUGAAGGGUUAAUAAUGACAGAAGCACAAUUGCAUAAAGUUUUUAAGAAGCAUGGCUUGAUUUCAUUAAAUCCAAUUAAUGAAAAAUUUGAUCCUAAUCAACAUGAAGCACUAUUUCAACAAGAGGUUGAAGGUAAGGAUGCUGGGACAAUUGUAGUUGUAUCAAAAAUAGGAUACAAAUUACAUGAAAGGGUAGUAAGACCAGCAUUGGUAGGUGUUGCUAAAGGAUAAACUACCUAAUACAAAAGUAAAUAAAAUAUCUGAUGUAAAUUGUUAAAUAUAAGAUCUAAUAUAGAGCAAUGACGUAUAAAAUAUGA